AUGACCUCCAAUCUCACCGACGACGCUGCAGACGAUUCCUCUUCAGGUAUGUCACUUCCGGUUUUGAUAGUGAUUGCUGUCUUAAUUGCCAUCAUGAUUAUACUGACUAUGGGAGGAAACCUUUGUGUUCUUAUCACUUUUGCCAAAGAUAAAACUGUACGGAAGUUUAGUGACUGCCUUAUUUUGAACCUUGCUAUUUCCGACUUGAUCAUCGGAUCCAUAUGUAUUCCGUUAUAUGCUCCUCUGCUGUUGACCGGAGAUUGGCCGUUUGGACACGGUGUUUGCCUUCUGUGGCUCGUUUUCGACUACGUUACACCUGCAGCGUCAACCCUCAACAUUUGUUGUAUCAGUUUUGAUCGUUACCUACAAGUGGGUCACCCUUUGUGGGCAAGGACCCACCGAACUAAUAAACUAUUAGUCGCGUUACUGAUUACACCAUGGGUUCUUCCCGCUCUUUUCUUUCUACCAGCCAUUACGUUAUGGGAAGUUGGCCAAGGUCCCAUCAUUCCAGAUAAAGCGUGUUUCCUUCCAUACAACGUAAGCGUUAUGAUGCUGCUUGGCGGUACUUUGAUUGAAUUCAUUUUUCCAUUUAUCACAGUAGCCACAUUCAACGUUCUUGUGUACACAACAAUCCGACAGAGGAGCAAGAGAUUCAUGACGGCCGUCACGGCCCCGGCUACUGUAGGAACUCAACAAGAGAAUGAAGAAGCGCCUGAACCAAAGAAAGGAGGAUUUACCACAAACAACUCUAAAAGCCUUCAGCAAGAUCGGAAAGCUGCUCGUUCACUUUUUAUCCUUGUGUUGACGUUCGGAAUUUGCUGGAUGCCUUUUGAAGUCACAGCAUUAGUGUCUACAAUAUGUGGUGGUUGUGUGGAUCCAGUAGUUUUUGAGGUGACGUUUUGGUUAUUAUGGAUCAACUCGACAAUCAACCCCGUGCUGUAUCCUUUACUUCAUCCACGGUACAGACGAGCGUUUCUCAACCUUCUCACGAGGAAGAAUAGGGUCGUGCCUUUACCUGCUGGCACUAGUGCCGUCAACACAACGGCUUAA